AUGAGCCAAACAUAUGUAUCAUUGUAUCGGCAGACUUUGGCAUUACGACAACAAAACUAUAAUGCUUCCAUCGCGGCAGGAGAAUAUGUACCAUUCCUCUAUCCUUGGGAUUCGUUCUUCGCGCUGUACCCACUCCUGGCCAUCAUCAUCACUCCAAGACUGCCAGAGAGAUCAAGGAGCCUACUGAGGUACUUGGCCUUUACUCUAGUCUUCUCCCACAGCUGGUACGUGAUCGUUCACCGGAGAACAUUAUGGUUUGCUGGCGGCUAUGGCAUUGGACUGUGCGCAGUCUGGGGUGCGAUCAUGUCUGGUGCUUUAAUGCUAUUUAAUGAUCCUGAACGGGAUUUCUGGAGACUGGAAGCGAGGGAGAUUCAGCUAGACGAUUCAAGUCUUGUUCACCACGCGUCGACAAUAGUAUCUGCUCCCCGGGCUGCCAGUUCACAUGUAGACGUCAGGCGGCGAAAAGUGCCCAGUGUCUAUACUGCAACCAAUAUUGAGCAAAACGAAGUCCCUGGUUCUACUGAGCCAGCCAACAAGCCUUACCAACUGGUAUGGCAAGGCUUUCCCUACAAUGCGGAAUGGAUACAUGUCAUUGAUUGGACUGUGGAUCUCGUUACAGGGUUUCGAGGAGUAAACUGGAAUCAUCGCAUACCUACACUAGCGGGGAUUGAUGCACCCAUUCCUCCAAUGCCCACAAGAGGACAGGAGAAGCCGAUAUCAGAAGUCAAUCUGGAGAGUAAGCCAACAGCAAUACCGAGGCGAACCUUGCAAGCUCUCCAGCGUCGGGCGGUGCAGGACUUUCUAUUCAGCUACCUCAUGCUUGAUGUCCUGAAGACAUCAAUGGUAACCGACCCAUACUUUUUGGGUCUGGGAGACCUGAACAGUCCAAGUCCAUGGUUGUGGCUAUCGCACUUGACUGAGGCAGUGCCAUUUGCGACCCGAUUCUUGCGACUCGGGAUGUCCAUGGCCGGAGUAGUGGCAGCGUUGACCUUUAUUUUCAGUCUCAGCCCAUUAUUUUUCACUCUUGUUCUUCCGGCGCUGGUGGAUGUGCCCAAAGUCACCAAGUCACCUCUACUGGAGCCCUGGCUGUACCCGCCCCAGUGGCAUCCUUUGACGACUUCAGUGCUGCAUACUGGACUGGCAGGCUUUUGGGGCAAAUUCUGGCAUCAAAUGUUUCGUUAUGGGUUUUCUCAGCCAUCACGAGUCCUCAUACGGAGACUGGAGUUGGACCCGAGUGGCAAUGGAGCUCGAAUAAUUCAACUCCUGACAGCAUUCGCCCUGUCAGGUUCGGUCCAUGCAGCGGGGAGUUUCACGGCAUUUUCACUUGUACAAACGCAUCCAGUAUCGGGUUCUCUUUUAUUCUUCAUCUUGCAGGCAUUUGGGGUGUUUACACAGACACUGGGGGUCAAGAUCUUGCACACGCAGAUUCCCAUGACAAAAUCUCUGCCACAAGUCGUGCGUCAGACAGCGAAUGCUGCUGUGACUCUGGGCUUCCUUUAUUUCACAGGGCCAUUACUGGCAAAUGAUUUUGCACAGUCUGGCAUCUGGUUGUUUGAGCCCGUUCCUGUCAGCAUUCUUCGAGGGCUUGGAUUUGGACCCGGGGGAAAGGAUGAAGGGCUUUGGGCAUGGUCUCAAGACGGUUCGACAUGGGUAGGGUGGUGGACUGGGAGGGGCUGGUGGGAAACUGGUUUGGCCAUAUUCUAG